GCAGCCCAUUUAACGUUUCCGUUUAUCCGCCGUCCAUGACGUCCUGUCCCGUCCCGUCAUUAACAAAUAGUAGUGGAUUUAAUACAGCAUUUUGAUUUGGACCUUUACCUACAAAACUAACAAGCAAAAAAAUUGAGUUGUCCAGCACCCUCCGUUUAGUGUGGAGGGUGGAGUGAGGGAGAAGAAGAAGAGACUGGCUGGUAAACAAGUAGUCAAAUUAGUAAAAUCAUCCCAUUCAAAGGAGAAGAAGCAGGAGGAGGUGGAAAAUUACCCCCAUCCACUCUUGUUGUGCUUGAGCUUUAAUCCAUUCUUUAAUUCUUUACGCUGAAGCAUAUUCCUGUUUUCUUCUUUUCUUCUUUUUUUUCGCCCCUUUUGUUCGUCAGUUUCCUGCGACUGCCCACAACCGAUCUUCCAUCUCUCCAACAUUUUUCUUUCAGGAGUUACAGAGAAGACGGAGCAGUUUGAAUAUUGGAUCAGAGAGUUGAUUUCUUUUAACAUAUGGAUCAAACUUGAACAUGGUAUGUUUGAUCCAUACAUUGCUGCAUUGAUGGCUGAAACAUUUGGAUGGAUACAGAACUUUUAGAAGAUGCCAAGCAGCAUCAGAAUGGAGACUAUGCCCUUACUGGCGACAUAGAACAUGCCCAGCUGGGAAUGUUUGAUAAACCCCUUCCUUGUUUUGGUUGUGGAGUAGGAUGGUUUUCUCUUCUGCUUGGGUUUUUCUGCCCCUUGUUCUGGUACUAUGCUACUAUUCUUUACUUUGGGAAUUACUACCACAAGGAUCCCAGAGAACGAGCUGGGCUCGCUGCUAAUGCAAUAGCUGCUCUGAUAUUUACUGUUGUUGUCCUGAUUGUUGUGGCUAUUAUUCUCUUCUAGUCCCUAGGCUCUCAGGCUUUAUCAGUUUCAGCAGACAAUGGCAUGAGAUGGAUACCUGUGAUUAAACAGCAUCCUACUAUGGGGGCUUUUCCAAGUUUUGCUUGAUCCUGGUCAUCCUCUCAGUUUGUCAUGUAGUAUACAACUCAUGUAUCAUAGGGCCCCUGAAGUUCAGUACAAUUGGGUCCAACGCCUCCCUAAAAAAGAAAAAAAAAGGAAAAAAAAAGGGUUUUCAAGUAGGUUUCUACACUUUAGAGGGUGGAAAAAGCAAUAGUUUGAUGUCAUAACAAAUUAGAUUACUUUCAGCUAAAGUCAUUGGAAGCUAGCAAUAUUUGGCGUAUUCUUCGAGUUCAAUUGCACCUGAUGCAGCCUUAACAACAUGUACAGUUUUUUAGUAUGAUUAUGUAUGAAUGAAGAAGCUUGCUGGGAAAUGUAUGAUUAUCUUAGCCAUAUGCUAUGUAGCCCAUUAGAGGUUCUUUGCUUUGUAUAGAAUUAACACUAACUA